AUGGGGAAGGCCUGCGACUAUUGCAACUUGAGUCAAGAGAAAGAGAAACGCACUGCAGGUGCUAGUCCGACAUGCAUCAGAUGUAGUCGUCUAAAGACUGGCUCUACCGCUCUUCAUACAAAGCGCAUGAGAUACCGUACUUCUGCGAAACACUUCCCACAUGAGGAUUUGCGGGUUUCCACUGUGGUGUCGCGACAGCGCGCCAAGUUCAAAAAAAGCGAGAGCCAUGCCUCAUCUUCCUCAUCCAGUUCGGGCUCCUCUUGCAGCUCGCCUCCCAAAGAUGACGAAUCUUGGACACCAGACAGCACCGAUAUCAGGAUAAUAUCGCCAGAGAAAUUACUCGCCGCCCCCGCCAACUUCGAAACGAUAUCAGAUGCGUUGCGCACCGUUGGGGAUUCGGAACAAUUCUCAGUUACACAUGCACCAUUCGUAUUUGGACAUAGUUUUCUUCCGGGAUUCCAAAAGACUAUUUAUGCUGUUUUGCAACUAUCCGCCCCGAUCCUGAUUGAAGGAUACCUGGCCUAUCUUGGACUGAUGACAAAUUACCAAAAUUCCCCUGUUAUACGCCGGAGCCCGCCCGAUAUGUCUAGGGCAGCGAAGGGAUUGCAGCGUCUGAGAAGUGUGGAAAUCACAAACGAUUACGACGCAGCCUGCACUCUCUUCCUGGGCCAGAAAAUGUACGUGUUCGAUGUACUCACGGCAACAUACUCUAGUACAGCCCACACUAUCGUUCGGAGCUCCCUCAUUUCGACCAAAGCAUGGCUUCCCAGAAUGGUGCAAAUCCCAAUGAUGGACAUAAUAACCAUGGCCCCGAUUCUGAUAGACACGGUCGAGUGUUUAAUACACCGUGAGAUCCCUAUAAUACGACUCGAUCCCCAGCGUCGCGUCAUCGUUGACCGCUGUCUUGGUCUUUGCGCAACACUCCUUCCUCAUCUUUACGACAUCUGCGAGUGUAGUAAUACGUUGAAGAGAGAAACUCCUGCUGUCGGGUCUGAAUCACACUCAGCCAUUCAUGACCGACUAGAUGAAAUAGAACAGGCGAUCCGACGCUGGCGGCCCCGAACCCCCACCGGACUGUUCGACACUUACGGCCAGUAUCCGGUUCUAGCAAUGGUGACACAAGCAAAUGUGUAUCGUCUGGCAGCUUUAUUAAUCCUCCAUCGGCUGCGAUAUCCGCUAGGAGUCGAGGAUGGGCCAGCGUGGACACUUGCAAAUGGAAUAUUUUCUGAGUUGUCGUUCUUUGCCAAAUUGGCGGUCAAUGUAAAGGAAUCUAGCGCGCUGCCUGUGGUGUUUCCUUUGACGUUGGCCAUGUUUGAGAUACAUGGACCCGGAGAAGCUUUGGUGGAACGCUUGACCUCAUUCACAGUCCAAAGUGUGUGCAUAUCGCGGCUUCGGGAAUUUGUGAAGUUGGCUAGGGGGUCGAGGGAGUCUGGAUAUGGGGGCAUUUGGUUUGACUUGGUUGAUACACAUCUUCGUGUUGCGGUACCACCGUAG